GUUGGGACAGACCGUUUUCCAACUCAACUUGAGCCUACAUCUGUUCAGGCGCAUAUAUGAUCAUGGAGGCAGCAAUAUGAGAUUGAAUGACACGCAGAAGUGUGAAUAACAUGGUUCUUAAACAAGACAAAGAUGACUAGACAGCCGAUAUUGGAAGUGAGGCACGGAGCCGCAAUAAUCAACUUAAAUUGGCAAAGCGACGAGGUGACCACAUCACUACCUUCGAUGAUGAUACCGCCAUUAAGCUACGAAAUUCAGUCGACGACGUCGCCCGAUAAUGCCACUGACAGUAUUCUACAUUCUCUUUCUGGUACGCCGGGACCUACCUCCGAAGGAUUAAAUUCCUUUUACUUCUAUAAGACUGAGCAGUUUACGGUGCUUUGGGUGCUGUUUACAAUGAUAGUAUUGGGAAACUCGGCGGUCUUGGUAACCCUUCUCGUUAGUAAGAGCAGAAAGUCUAGAAUGAACUUCUUUAUUCGUCAACUCGCAAUUGCCGAUUUAUCGGUCGGUCUCAUUAGCGUUUCCACCGACAUUGUCUGGCGAAUUACAAUUUCGUGGUACGCUGGAAACGUACUCUGCAAGCUCAUCCGAUUUCUUCAAGCUUUGGUUACGUUUUCCUCGACUUAUGUUCUGGUGGCGUUGUCGAUCGACCGAUACGACGCCAUAACUCACCCCAUGAACUUUUCGGGCAGUUGGAAGCGUGCACGAAUACUUGUGGUGAUUGCGUGGCUUCUCAGUGCCCUAUUUGCGUUACCCACAAUGUUUCUGUUCGAGGAAAAGCCAAUUGAAGGAUUACCUCAGUGCUGGAUUGACCUAAAACCGUGGCAAUGGCGCGUGUACAUGACACUGGUGGCUUUGUCGCUGUUCUUUGUACCUGCCGUUAUAAUAAGCGCAUGCUACGCCGUCAUCGUAUGGACAAUUUGGUCAAAGAGUAAAUUACUAAUUCCAAUAGGUCACGUAUCCGUGCGACAAAGCGAAGACAAUAUUAGCAGAAGUAGAAGUUUCCGAGAAGAUCUCGAUACGCGACGAGCCAGCUCGCGAGGAAUCAUCCCGAGGGCAAAAAUUAAGACUGUUAAAAUGACAUUCGUUAUUGUAUUCGUGUUUGUCAUGUGCUGGAGCCCUUACAUUGUAUUUGAUUUACUUCAAGUGUACGACUACAUUCCCACAACGCAGACGAACAUAGCAAUUGCCACGCUAAUUCAAAGCUUGGCACCUUUAAAUUCGGCCGCAAAUCCAGUAAUUUAUUGUCUGUUUUCCACGCACAUGUGUCGACAUUUACGAAAACUUCCUCCCUGUACGUGGAUCUCGAGUUGUGUGUCGAUGUGUUUCCCUGACAUGCAAGGUUCUGGUCACUGCCUAGGAUACGGAAAUGGUGACUCGUCAGGUACCGUAACCACGUCUCUAACCCAAUCAUCGAGGAGAUCGGGCUCGGCGGCCUCUCUACGCCACACCAUCAGAUACGGCGUCCAGCCGACAUUGAACAAUGGCCACAAGGUCGCGAUAUCCGUCGUCUAGUCUAGUCAUUAUAGUUGUAAAUACGGAAACUGUGUUACAAAAUAAUACGUAAUAACUUUAUUGUAUAUUUUUGUAUAGCGAGUAGACGUACUUAGCAAAGUUCUUGUAAUGGAUAGGUGCUUAAGACUGAUCUGAUCCAAUUACCUUCAUUUUACCACAGUCAUGCUCAUUUCAAUCACUCACACACUGUUUGUAAAUUACGUGAUCGAAAGCGAUUCGAUCAAAGCAAUGUGUUCGUCUCAAGUCAGUUUGUACAUACCGUUAUACUGGUUCAAAUCUUAGUGUUGAGAUCGAUGUUAAAUGGAACGCCUUAAAAUACAGUUGCCAAAAUUGAUAAUAAUCCGGAAGGUUUUGAAAUUCAGAAUAAUAAUUGAAUAUGUACAAAGAACUAUUUUAUCUCGUACCUAAAAUAGGUUUGCUCAUCGGAAUAGGAAAUACGUUUAUGUUCUUCAACGGAAUUGUGUUUCGUAAGAUGACAAAACAGAAUAGUAUUAUAUUUUUGCUGCCGACUUCUAUAUAAUGUGUACAUGUGAUAUAAAUAGACAAAAAGUGUAUAUAAUGAAUGUAUAUUUUG